UUCUCUAUUUGAUGAUGAACAAAUAUCACUAAAUCACAAAAACAAUACACUUCACUGUGUAAGCUAGAGUGUGUAUUACCUCACGUCGCACAAAAUGCCACGUUCAUACUUGAAAACAGACGAGGCGAGAGAUGCUACAGAGAUGAAAUAUUUACUCGCAUCCAAAAUUAGGAGGCGAAAAGAAGAAAUUCAUAACUACAUACUAGAAAGGCGAGCUGAAAUUCACAAACGAAUCAGAUACCGAAGGCAUCUUUUCCUCAAUUACCGGAGCACGAGAACGAUACCAUCACCAGAUGAAGAAGACCUGCAAAGUCAUGUCCCAAUCCUUGCAGACCCAGACUGGUGGGAGAGAGUUGUGAUGACAGAGUUUGGACCAGAGGACUGGCUUGACAAGUUCCACGUCACAAGAGACAUCUUCCUUCUUCUGAGCGCUAAACUCAAGCCUCAGCUCGAGCAAGUGUAUAUAGAACAAAGUGGACAGACCAUUACACUGGAGAGAUGUAUUGCCAUGGCCUUAAUGCGUUUGUCCACCAGCACAGAAUACUGCUUUUUAAGUGAACUCUUCGGUGUGCCCAUCCCAGCUGUGUGUCAGUGUGUACGAGAGGUAUGUGAAGCCAUCAUUUUGUUACUAAAACCCCUCUACAUGCAGUUACCCGCAGAUCAUGAACUUGAAGAACAUGCGGAGCAGUUUCGUACUCUGUGGGGUUUUCCUCACUGCAUUGGUGUCAUCGACUCCCUUCACAUCCCUGUUAAAUCGCCCUCCACGGACACUCAGGAUUGCUGGAACCAGAGAGGAUGGCACUCUGUGGUGCUUCAGGGUGUGGUAAACGCACAAGGUACUUUCUGGGACGUUUGUUCUGGUUUUACAGGCAGCAUGGAUGACAUGACCAUCUUGCAGAGCUCAGAGCUGUGGACAAUGGCAGAACAGGGAGGCUUCUGCUCUCAGCCACCCAAAGAACUGAUGGGUCUACCGUUGGGAUUUCUGCUGCUGGGGGAUGUGGGUUAUUCGCUUCAGACCUGGCUACUGAAGUGCUAUCCUCCGUUGUCAAAUCUAACACCGCAACAGCAAACCUUCAACGUCCAGCUGAACCAUGGUCUUAAAGUCAUCGAGAAUACCUUCCAGCGUCUUAAAGCACGAUGGCAGUGUCUGCACAACAGAAAUGACAGCAAUGUAGACUUGGUAUCCAAGAUGGCUGUAGCUUGCUGUAUCUUGCACAAUAUCUGUAAUGUGCAUAACAGUCCGUUUAAAGAGGAGUGGGUUGAAGUACUCAGUCAGAAUGAAUGUCCACAGCCCACAGACGUGCCUACGGUCUAUAUAGAUGAUCCAAAUGCAGAGGCAGUUCGUUCUCUGCUCUGUAGCUAUUUUGAUCCAUUUCCAACAAGCAGCCCGGUUCUGCCUGUACCUGAGCCUCCUCAAAUGGACAGUGCUGGAACAGGAUAGUUUGUGUAUUGAUUGAUCAUUACAGUGGGUUUAUAGCUGCCAUUUAAUACUUUGAAAAUAAACUUUGUGUGUAAAAGUGUGUAAAUUGAUUGUAUUUAAAUCCUAGUCUUGUAAUAUAUGACUCUAAGAUUAUCUGUUUUAUUAUUUUUCUAUAAAUGAGUGACUUUUAAAUCAUUUGACUUGUUACGUUUUAUUUGGCGUCUAAUGUAUCAAUAUUGUGUAAAUGUUAA